UCGGACAUCUCUUGAUCACAAGAGGUGCGGCGCUUCAACUUCAAAUAGGUGUCAAAACAGUGCCAGUCACCAUCUCACACCUGCAAGAGCAUUUGUAGUGACAGACUUGGACAUUUUCAUUUCUUUCCAGAGUUGAAACAUUUACUUUCGCUCUGCAGUGAGGAUAUACAGGAAGAGGUAACCGCAGAUUUCACUUUUGCGCUCAGAUUGUUCUUCCCGUCGCUCUCAGCAUGGCUUCAACAACCUGCACCAGGUUUACCGACGAAUAUCAGCUGUAUGAAGAACUGGGGAAAGGAGCCUUUUCUGUGGUUAGAAGAUGUAUGAAAAUCUCUACUGGUCAGGAAUAUGCUGCCAAAAUCAUCAACACCAAAAAGCUGUCUGCCAGAGAUCACCAAAAACUGGAACGAGAGGCCCGAAUUUGUCGUCUACUCAAGCAUCCCAACAUUGUGAGGCUCCAUGACAGCAUUUCAGAGGAGGGUGUUCACUACCUCGUCUUUGAUUUAGUCACAGGAGGGGAGCUGUUUGAAGAUAUUGUUGCCAGAGAGUACUACAGUGAGGCCGAUGCCAGUCAUUGCAUUCAGCAGAUCCUUGAGGCUGUUCUCCACUGCCACCAGAUGGGAGUGGUCCAUCGUGACCUUAAGCCAGAGAAUCUUCUCUUGGCCAGCAAACUGAAGGGCGCAGCAGUGAAACUGGCUGAUUUUGGGCUGGCUAUCGAGGUGCAAGGAGACCAACAAGCGUGGUUUGGGUUUGCUGGAACUCCAGGUUAUCUGUCUCCUGAGGUGCUGAGGAAGGAGCCUUAUGGCAAACCAGUGGACAUGUGGGCUUGUGGUGUUAUUCUGUACAUCCUUCUUGUGGGUUACCCUCCUUUCUGGGAUGAAGACCAACAUCGACUUUACCAGCAGAUCAAAGCUGGUGCAUAUGAUUUUCCCUCUCCUGAGUGGGACACAGUGACACCAGAAGCCAAAGAUCUGAUCAACAAGAUGCUGACUAUAAACCCUGCCAAACGCAUCACAGCAGCUGAGGCCCUCAAACACCCCUGGAUCUGUCAACGUUCCACAGUGGCAUCCAUGAUGCACAGACAGGAGACAGUGGAAUGCCUGAAGAAAUUCAAUGCCAGGAGGAAGCUUAAAGGUGCUAUCCUCACUACAAUGCUUGCUACACGGAACUUCUCAAGCAAGAAUCCAUACAAGAAACCUGAUGGUGUUAAGAUCAACAACAAAACCAACGUAAUCACCAGCCCUAAAGAUCCUGCUCCCUCUCCAGCUCUGGAGCCUCAAACUACUGUUAUCCACAAUCCCACUGAUGGAAAUAAGGAAUCAUCAGAGAGUGCCAACACCACUAUGGAAGAUGAAGACAUUAAAGCACGGAAACAGGAGAUAAUUAAAGUCACAGAGCUGCUGAUCGAAGCCAUAAAUAAUGGAGAUUUUGAAGCAUACACGAAAAUUUGUGACCCUGGAUUGACAUCUUUUGAACCUGAAGCUUUGGGAAACCUAGUCGAGGGGACAGAGUUCCACAGGUUCUACUUUGAAAACUCUCUCUCCAAAGGCCACAAACCCAUCCACACCAUCUUGCUGAACCCUCAUGUACACCUGAUCGGAGAGGAUGCUGCAUGCAUCGCUUAUAUAAGGCUCACCCAAUACAUGGAUGUCAACAAUAUGCCUCGCACCAUGCAGUCUGAAGAAACACGUGUCUGGCACCGUCGUGAUGGCAAAUGGCAGAACAUCCACUUCCACCGGUCUGGCUCACCAACUGUGCCCACCAAGUGAGUUAAUAAAGUCUCCAGAGCACAGCCUUUCCUGUCAACUGAGCUUCAACAAGUGUCUGGCCCAACUCAAUCAUGAUCUUCAUAGUUUGGUCUACUGUACCAGAGUCUUGUUUACAUUUACUGUUGGACUAAUAGAAUAUAAAAGGUUGGAAAAUCAUUUCAGAUCAGGAUGUGGUGUGUUUGUAUGCGAGUACAUGUACAUGUAUUGAGUAUGCAGUUUACACACUAUACUCAUUUAGAUGAAAAGCAUGUUCUUUCUCAGUACUUUAAUCUUUUUUAAAGGGUUACAUUUUUGUAUGACAAAAUAUUCGGAGCCAUUUGUUAGUAAUCUGUGGUGUAUGGGUACAGGGGUACUGUGUAUCAGAAUAUAAUUAAUCAAAGUUUUUAUUUUAAUUUUUUUUUUUAUUUGUUAAGAUCCAAAAUGUACUUAUUUCUUAAAAUGACAAAUAUGAGCUUGCUUAUGUUUUUCAGUGAUGUACAUUUUGUGAAGUAAUGUGAAGUGCUAUUUCUGCUUUACACUUUGGAGUAUUACCCGUUUAAUUUUAGCACAAUACUGUAGGAAGCAUUGUGCUAUUUUCUUGGAUAACCCAAAAUUCUGAGAAGGGAAAAGUUUUAGUUUUAUUUUAUUUAUUUUAUUUUAUUUUUUUGCUCAUACAGUUAUCGUGCACCUGAAUAUAUGAAAAAAAAGAUUGUAGUAACACAAACUUCACUACACCAGAUAAACUCAGAUGCUUAUUCUAUAAAAAAAAAAAUGCAAAUGGCUUGCAAAGCCGUUUUUCCUUUAUUUUUAAUCAUUUGUGUGAAAUUUAGUUUUGUUGUGGUAACUUGUGUGCAAUUUCAAAUGUGUCUGCUUCUCAGUGGAAUUUGUGGUACUCUUUGAGGAAAAUCUAACUGGUUGGUUUCUCAUUUUUAUCUUUUAUGAAUAAUGCAUGACAUUUCACUCUUAGUCAUCUCUGAUAAAGAUCCAAAACCUUCCUCCCCUUUUCUUUUGGGAGUCUGUCUUGAAAUACCUUGACUGAAGAUCUCGUGUGGAAUAAAUUAAUCAAAGUCAAUGUUGUGUACACAUAAUUCACUACACACUAUUACUUACACAAUACAAAGAAUGUAACAUUAUGACAAUUUUUAUUCCAGUUUGAGUCAAGUUCAUUAUGAUAAUAUAUUAAGUUACAGUACAACAUUAUAUAAUAGGGAUAUUACUAGAGGAAUUGAUAUAAUAGAUUUCUAAAUAUGUGAAACGUCUAAUAAAAUGUGUGAUUUCUGCAAAA